ACAUAAAUUGUGAGGUUACCCCUUGCCAUAUUUGUUAAAUUUUGACUAAAAUUAGAAUUUUAUUUUUUUAAUGGCAAUCAAAAGUCCUGAUUCAUACGAGUCGAAAGAGGUAAAUGCAGGCCAAAAUUGUUACAUCUCUGGCCAAGGCUUAGUGAAUAGGUCAGUAGCAGGGGUUGUUAGAGAGCCCUUGCAAUUGUUGCGCUUGUAAAGCCCUGCAUCAGGUUUUAUGCAAUGCCCGGCCAAGGCGUAUCGAUUAUAUGCCAAUGCCCCCUGCUUACAUCACCUUCAAGCAGCAUGGUUAUAAAAGCACCGCGGCCGUGGUUCGCUCUGUUUACUAUAAUUCCAACGCUUGUCGGUUCAGCAUGCGAGCACCCGAGUGGAUGAGCAAUGAAAUGGCACGUUUAACAACCAAACUGGAGCGCUAUAAGCCAACGGGCAGUGGCUACAAUCGCAUACAGUCCAUACGUCUAUCCAAGAGCGUUACACAGAUGCUCAACAAUCCUCUGCCCAAAGCCGCCACCAACAGCACAGUCAAUGCAAUACGUGAGGAGGAGAGCUCCUUUACGACCCCACGACGGCGUGGCGUGCUCAGUCGCAGCGAAUCCCAGUGGGAAGAGGUGUAUCCAGCGGUCAAGUUUAGUCGCCAGCAGAGCAACGAAAGCGCUAACAGCCUGGACAGUAGGGACAUCAAAUUCACGCACUACCGCAAUUGCUCAACGCGCAUCACCUGAAUCCAGCAUACUAUGCAAUCCGAGGAUUUCAAGUUAUUUAAAUAUUUACAUUUUUGUUAAUAAAAAUAAAUUAAGGUAUUGAAAAAAAUUAAAUGGUGUAAGGUCAACAAUUUCUAUAUAAAUGACC